AUGGGUCAGGCUAUGUCUAGGUGGUACGAAACAACCCUCUUCGAUGGGGCGAUGGAACUCUUCGAGUCCAAUACGCAACGGAAACUGCGCCAGAGACUCUUUCAGUACAUGGAUUGCGAUGAGCCAACGAAUACUACGUCGGUGCUCGAAAUAGGAGCUGGCGCAGGUUUGAAUCUCCCACACUAUCCGGUAUGGGUCAAAGAGCUUCACGCUUCGAGUCUAUCGCCCGACUUACCACCAAAAGCUAAAAAACGAGCGAGGAAGAGGAACAUCAAGGUAUACUACAAACAAGGAAAGCCAAUAGGUCUACCAUAUCCGGAAAACUCGUUCGACUAUGUCGUUGCUACGUUGAUCCUUUGCUCUCUACCGGAUCGCGAAGGUUUCGUGAAGGAGAUCUAUCGAGUACUCAAGCCAGGCGGAAAGUAUUUGUUCAUGGAUCACGCUUGGCAAAGUGCGGAGGCUCAGACUCAUCUGUCCCGCAUGCUUGCCCCGCUACAUCGUAGGCUAGCUCUCGGAUGCAGCCUCAAAAGUGUCUGGGCUGACUCAGUUUUUACCUCUGCUGGUUUCAAACGAGAGGAUCUUCAUGUAGAAGAAGAGAUACCGAAGGGGUUUUCAUGGCUUGUAGGUAAAAUUUUUCUGGGCUAUGCGACAAAGCGUCCGGAGGCUAGCGACUUUAAAAUGGACGACCGGCAUGGCCAGAGGGCGUGUUGA